CGAACCCAACGGCUCGUUGCAUUCAUCGACACGGCCGGGCUUUGCUAUUUGUAGAGGGGACUGUACUCUUCCAGAUCUUGGAGCAGUAGUUGACACGAAACUAUAGCCACAUCCCUCGUCAUCUUUGACUUGAACUAACCUCUUCCUUUCGGCUGCUGUUACCUUGAUCUAUUUUUGUUCGAUCAGGAGAGCUACCUUCUUCCCAUUGACACAUCUCCACCUAUUUUUGCUGGUUGGAGCUAGUUCUGCAGCUUCGAUCUUCUCUGAAGCUUUCUCGAUCUAGCUGAAUAUUUGCUCAGAUCAGCUCGCUCACGUCCCACCCAGAACCACUGUUUUUUAGAUCUUCAUCUGUUUCUGAUUCCGAUCCCGUAGUGCUUUUGAAUCCUUGAUCUCGAUGGCUUGCAAGCCGUGCUACAACACCAACGGAAGCGGCGCGGCCAGCCACCAGGCCACGAAGGUACCGUCAUUUCCACGGCCGCCGGCGCCACCCCAGCCUCCGAUCACCGUCGCGGCGCCGUCCAAGAAGAGGGUGGCGCCAGCGACCGGACUGGAGGUGGAGUGGACGGAGAUUGGUUCGCUGUACUCGGUGUCGCCGCCGCCGAGCAGCGUGCCGAUGCCGACGACCCUGCUGCUCACGGUCACGGCGGCCAGGAAGCCGCCGACGGCCUGCGCCGUGGAGGUGGCCGGCGGUGGCGUCGAUGUCAGUGCCACGGAUGAGCUCAGGCGGCUGCUCCGCCUUUAGCUCCGAUCCGUGCCCGUGCCCCUUCUCUUGUACUGCUGGCGCAUGCAAGUGCAAGGCUAGCGAGCUGCGUUCAUGGGUUGUUUUAACAUGCCCGGAUGUAACGAAGCAUGAUUAGGUCGUCCCCUGCAAGUUAUAUUUUACUAAUUGGUUAUGUGUUGUGUUACGUGCCAUGUAUCGGUUACUAGGAGGUGUGUCGAGUUAUGCUUCAUUGAAAAUUGCUCGCCAUUGAGCUGAACCAAAGCAUUUUCUGGGAACGUCGAUAACCAAUUGCUACGUCUCCUGGUACAAUGUGAGCAGUUCACAGAGUGAAAGGCAUUGGUGGCAGUUCACCAGUAAGUUUUUAUUUUUAUAAAAACAUGCGACCUUGCAACAA